AUGCUGGCUUGCAGUCUAAAGCAGGCAGAUCGCACUCGCAGCGACGCCUCGCCGGUGGCUGUGGAGGAGCUGGGCGGGUGGGCCUCUGUUGCGGAGGCGCUUCUCGUAGAGUGCGCAUGCGCCGCCCUCGUCGACGUCUCGGAGCCGUCCGCGCGGGCUCGGCUGGUUGUCGAGUACGCCGACUCUCUUGUGGCACUUGCGCACACACAUGCAGCUGACACGGCCGCGCUGCAACGUCGCGCCGCCACCGCCGAGGCGAAGCGGAGUGACGCCCUCACACAUCAACUGCACGCUGCUGUUCAAGAAUGUGAGACGGCGGGAGCCAACCUUGACUCCGAGCGCACCUCUCGUGCCGCCUUGGAGGAAGAAUCGCGUCGCUUGUUAGAUGAGCUGCUGACCACGCAGGAGGAAAGGGAGGCGCUGCGAGCGGAGCGAACGGCCGUGUGGUGCGCCGUGCGGGAGGCGCACGCGGUGGCAGGCAUCACGUGCGCCGCCAAGGCGACGGUGGAAGAACAUGCCCGCGCAUUGUGUGAGUGGGUGAGGAGCGCGCAGGCGGAGCUGGCCAGCCCCCCUGCGCUUGUGGAGGCCACUACCCCGCUACCAGUCACUGUCGCUCCUUAUCAGCCGGCGCGUCUGCUGUACCGCCGUAUUCUUCCUACCACCCCGAUGAACCCCGUUACUGCCUCCCUUUUGCGAGUUAAGGAGCAGGUGCAGCAGAUGCGCGAGCCCUCUGUAGCGGAACUCCAGCGGGCGGUGGGCAUGUAUCGACAUCGGGGUGACGAAGCGGCAGCACCGCUGACGCCGUCACCGCAAACACGGGCGGCAACGGCAACAGCGACCGUGUCGACUCCCGCACCUCUCCCGGUGAAUCGAUCGCUGGGCCGGCCUCGCUCCUGCACACCCCAUCGCAGCACGAACAGCUCUGCAGCGAAGCGGGAGGAGGAUGUGGUUGCUUCGCCGCCCUGGCGCACUCGCAUGAUGAAGCUGCAGGAGGAACUGAAGGGGCUGCGGCGGGAAUUAGGCACGGCAAGCGCCUCCCCGUGA